CGGGCUACUGGAGUUGUCAGGCAGUCAGAGCUGCUGAUCAUACCGCUGGACAAUAUUUCAAAGAGAGAAUGUGACUGUUCUCACCUCUGUAGCAUAGCUCUGUAAAGCUUCUGCCCUGGUGACAUCUUAUCAUCUAUUGAUUGGUUGAUACUUUAUUGAUCCUCAAAGGGAAAUUCAUCAUGAUGUUUCCUCUUGAAGAGAUGAAGACCACCUGUCACUGUUCAGGUUACCGGGAGCAACAACAAAAACCUCACAGCAUCCUGUACAAUAUCCUGAGCUGGGCAGACAGUAACUACAGCAACAACAACAGCCUGAUCAAAAACAACCACGUGAACCAGUACGACUACAACAUGAUGAUGCCUCACAACUGUCAUUGCGAGCGGCGACGGGCAGUGUGUCUGAAGAACCCUGAGGGAACUUGUCAGGUGGCAUCUGAUGUUCUGGUCAAAACCAUCCGCUUCAUGAAGAGUUUACCCUCCUUCAGUCAGCUUCCAGUGGAGGAUCAGCUAACUCUGCUGAGGGACUGCUGGGUGCCCCUGUUCUCUCUGGGACUGGCCCAGGAACGGACUGUGUUCGAGGUGAAGGAUGUACCACAGGCUAGCAUGCUGAGGAGGAUCCUCCUCAACGGUCAGGGGCCACAGAGUGAGGAAGAGCAUGAGGAGGAAGAUGAGGGGAAGAGGUCACUGCCCACGCUUGCUGGGGUGCAUAAACUCAGAUCCUGUCUGUACAGACUGUGGACUCUAGAUCUCAGCCCAAAGGAAUAUGCCUAUCUGAAGGGUGCUAUGCUGUUCAAUCCAGCUGUCCCAGGACUGAGCACCACUGUAUUCAUUGACGGUCUUCAACAGGAGGCCCAGAGAGCUCUACAGGAGGUUGUCCUGACCCUUCACCCAGGAGACUCGGGUCGAUUCAGCCGCAUCCUACUAUCGACCUCUGCCCUACAGGCUGUCAGCCAAUCACUCAUCACAGAACUGUUCUUCAGACCUGUUAUUGGUCAGGCGAAUCUGUUUGACCUGUUAAGUGAGAUGCUGUUUAUUAGACAAGAGUACAGCUGAAAGUUUGUGUGGGUGUAUGGUGUAUGUGUGUGAAUGAUAUUUUAAGGUAUUUUCUACUGACAAAUAUGAAUGUGAAGAUUGCAACCAAGCAAUAAAAGUUGUAUAAACACAA